AUUGAUUUGAUUCUAACAACUAUGUCGACAGAAGCGUCUCCUCUUUUGCAGACUCCUACCAACGACCUGGAAACCAAGCCAGGAUACAUCCCCAAAGAUAAAAUUGAAUGGGAAUUUGGCGGUCCCCUUGGGGCUGCUGGAAUGAUCUUUGGGUUCCCAUUGUUGAUGUGGUACAUGUGGAUUUCGGCCCAGUUCUACAACGGUGCCUUAGCCUGGCCCCAGGACGGCCAGUCAUGGGGUGAGUUUGGAUACGACUUAUGGACCUACUUCGUCAAGUUUGGCUUGCCGUCAUGGAAAACCACUGCUACCUUUCUUGGAUUCGUGGUUGUUCAAGGUAUCUUCUAUUUGACCUUACCAGGAUUCUGGACUAAGGGUCAGCCAUUGGCCCACAAAAACAAUGAGCAGUUGCCAUACUUCUGCAAUGCAUUGUCGUCGUUGUACGUGACGUUGGCACUUUUGUUGGUGUUCCACGUAACAGGCAUCUACGACUUGAGUACUCUUAUUGAAGACAUUGGAGAGUUCACCACCAUUUCCAUCUUCACCGGAGUUAUCUUGUCGUUUUUGUUGUACUUCUAUGUGCUCUUUGUAUCCAAGGAUUACCUCGACCUCACCGGAAACUUCAUCUAUGAUGUUUUCCUUGGUACUACUUUGAACCCCAGAAUUGGUAAGUACUUGGACUUGAAGAUGUUUUUUGAAAUCAGGAUUCCAUGGUACAUCUUGUUUUUCUUGUCCUUGUCAUUGGUAUUAAAACAAAUCAAGGACUACGGAUCUCCCAGUGUCCAGGCGGUAUUUUUGUUGACGGCUCAUUGGUUAUAUGCCAAUGCUUGUUCUAAAGGUGAAGAAUUGGUGGUUCCAACCUGGGACAUGGCCUACGAGAAGUUCGGGUUUAUGUUGUUGUUUUGGAACAUGGCAGGUGUGCCUUUUACCUACUACCACUGUAUCUUGUAUCUUGCUUACCAUGACCCUAGUGAAUAUGCCUGGCCUUGGUGGGUCAUGGUGGUUUUGUUUGUGGUUUUGUUUGCAUCCUACUACCUUUUUGACACCGGUAACCGUCAAAAGAACAGCUUCAAGAAGCAUAUCGCUGGUGACAAGAAGAUCAGAAAGACUUUCCCAUACUUGCCAUAUUCGGAUUUGGUUGACCCCAAAUUCAUUAAAUGUGAAAAUGGAGGGGUGCUUUUGACCGAUGGCUGGUACGUGUAUGCUCGUAAGGCCCAUUACACGGCCGAUUAUAUCAUGUGCUUGACAUGGGCCUUGGUAUGUGGAUUUGGUUCACCUUUGCCCUGGUUCCAUCCGAUUUUCUUCUUGAUUGUUUUGGUUCACAGAGCUGCUAGAGACAGCAGAAAGUGUGCCAAGAAGUAUGGGAAGGACUGGGACCGGUACUUGGAGGCUUGCCCCUACUUAUUUAUUCCCUAUGUGUAUUAGGACAUUCACCAUUACAAGCACAAGAGGAGGAUUCACUAUUUUAACAUCAUUUAGUCCACUCAACACAAUUAGGACAGGGAUUAACCUGUCUGAUAUCUCAAUAAAAGUACUUGUUUUCAUUCCUAUACUACUAACUCUAAUCCUGUUCGGAUAUGGCAACUAACCGUUCGUCAAUCUCAUCAGCACUUAAAAUCCGGAACCCUUCUUCAGUAGCCACUCCGAUCUCCACGUCGUUCUUACGGAACUCGGCUCCCAACACCGAGCUCAAUGCAUUGAUUGCAAACUCCACGGUGUCCUUCCAGUCACCUUUGACGUGGUCCAUCUUCUUAAACUUCUUUUCCAAGUAUGUGGUGGCUUCUUGCAGUUUAGGUCCAGUAGAUACCGCCUUUACACCCGUGUAGUACCCAGCAGGAUCACACUUGAAAAUCUGAGGCCCACGGUCUUCAUCUUCAGUAUCCACUUGACAAAAAGUCAAUGCCACUCCUAAUGGACGCAUAUAGGCUCUUUGAGUAUAUAACUGGGCC